UCAGAUGCCCCCUCAACAGAACAGCAGGAGCUGUUCACCCAAAAACUCCAGCAGUGCUGCAUGCUCUUCGACUUCAUGGACUCAGUGACAGACCUGAAGAGCAAGGAGAUCAAGAGGGCCACACUUAACGAGCUUGUGGACUACGUUUCCACCAACAGAGGGGUGCUGGUGGAGUCUGCUUAUCCAGAGAUCACUGAUAUGAUCUGCACCAAUAUAUUCCGGACUCUUCCACCAAGUGAUAACCCUGAUUUUGACCCAGAGGAGGAUGAACCCACUCUAGAGGCUUCCUGGCCUCAUGUUCAACUGGUCUACGAGUUUCUCCUACGCUUUCUAGAGAAUCCAGACUUCCAGCCCAGCAUUGCAAAGCGCUACAUUGAUCAGAAAUUUGUUCUGCAGCUGCUGGAGCUGUUCGACAGUGAGGACCCGAGGGAGAGGGACUUCCUCAAGACCAUCCUGCAUCGGAUUUAUGGAAAGUUUCUGGGGUUGCGGGCCUUCAUCAGGAAGCAGAUCAACAACAUUUUCUUGCGGUUCAUCUAUGAAACUGAGCACUUCAAUGGAGUUGCUGAGUUACUAGAAAUCCUAGGAAGUAUCAUCAAUGGGUUUGCGUUGCCUCUGAAGGCAGAACACAAACAGUUCCUUAUGAAGGUGCUCAUCCCGUUACACACCGCUAAAGCAUUGUCCCUCUUUCAUGCACAGCUGGCCUACUGUGUGGUUCAGUUCCUGGAGAAGGAUCCUACACUCACUGAACCGGUGAUCCGUGGGCUGCUGAAGUUUUGGCCUAAAACCUGCAGCCAGAAAGAGGUGAUGUUCCUGGGUGAAAUAGAGGAGAUUCUGGAUGUCAUUGAGCCAACGCAAUUCAAGAAAAUCCAGGAGCCACUGUUCAAGCAGAUCUCUAAAUGUGUUGCCAAUCCACACUUUCAGGUAGCAGAGCGAGCGCUGUACUUUUGGAAUAACGAGUACAUUCUCAGCCUCAUCGAGGAGAACAUUGACAAGGUCCUUCCAAUCAUGUUCGGUAGCCUGUACAGAAUCUCCAAAGAGCACUGGAAUCCGACAAUCGUCGCUCUGGUCUACAAUGUGCUGAAGACGUUGAUGGAGAUGAACUGCACGCUGUUUGACGAGUUGACUUCCUCCUAUAAAGCAGACAGGCAGCGGGAGAAGAAGAAGGAGCAGGAGAGGGACGAGCUGUGGAAGCAGCUGGAGGAGUUGCGACUCAGCAACGCCACUCUGGUCCAGAACAACAGCCACAGGCUCCCGAGUGUCCAGAACAACAACAACAACAACAACAACAACAAUAGUAGUAAUAACAAUGACAACCAGGACAAGAGCGUUGAUGCUGCUGUCGUCACCACAGACAACAAAGAGCCAGACGUCAGCGUGGCAGCCAGUGAGAGCACCCCAUGUGCCAAAUGACACCGGAUGUCAGUUUUUUAUUCCAUAAUGGUUUGACAUCGUGUUCAGGACUGUCAGUAGAGGAUUAACGGAGACGGAAAAACACAAAUUGCACCUCAACAGUAUAACAAAUCUGCUUAGAGUGACUUAGAACGCCAGCAUUUCUUUGGCAGAAAAAAAAUUAUAUAUUUCAACUUAAGACUAUUUUUGGAUGUUACAGUGUGGCUGCAGUAUAUUGUUUAUUUGUCUGAUCAAAGAUGUAUCCUUUCACAUGUAGUUUCUUAACUGAAAAUGAUUUUUUUUUUUUUUUUUUUUUGCUAUAUUCAUUGUGUGAUACUGGGGAGGGAAGAAAGUAAUAAUGACUUGAAUUUAAUGUUUCCAGUUGUGCUGCACUUAGACAAGCUGAAUAGCUAUUUAAAGAUGUCUAUUUUUUAAUGUGCUUUUUCCUUGUUGCUGCCAACAUUUGGGUGCACACCUUAAGGAAGAAGGGAACUGCAGACUUUGGGAGUAUUUGGGGCAGAUGGGACCAGAUUCAUAAUUAGACAUUUGGUGUCCAUUAUUGUAUAGACAAGGGCUGUUAUCAGGAGCAGAAGAAGCCGGAGGACAGUUGUCUCCCAUUAGAGAUGAGAGAAUGGGAGGUGAAUGGCCAAAAAAUUAUAAAUCCUAAAAACAAAUCUCAGAUAUGGAUUUAUAUCUCUCUAAGUGACUCUAGUUGGGACUAUGAAGUUAAAACAUGUUCACUAUUGGGGUAGAUGUCAUAUUUGUAGAUUAUUUUUGGUGUUGGUAAGUGUUUUUUGUUUUUUUUUUUUUCUAGGUGAAAACGUGAGGUUAAUACACCUGCAUUUGUAAGAUUAUUUACACUAAAGUAUUGAGACAGGGCUUUGAAAUGUUUUUCAGCCUGACUGGAAUUAAAGGAAUGGUUCAAGAGUUCGAUGACAUGAAAUCACUGUCAUGUUUGUACUAUAAUGAUGAAGCUACAGCUUGUAGCCAGUUAGCUUAGCUAAGCACAGAGACUGAAAACAGGGGGACCCAGCCAGCUCUCUCUAAAGUCAGACCGACUUGAGCCCUGCAUGAGAUAAACACAGCCCUCAUUUAUUGGAAACUUAAACCAGGCUCAACUUUUGGUGCAAAGUGAGUCAUACAGCGAGGAGCUACGUUGGCCAGUCACAUGCAUACAAGCAUACAUUCCUGGUAGAUUACUUUGUAACAUAUACGCCUUCUUUUGACUUUGCGGACGUGGUGACCAAAGAUAAUAGAGUUUUUAUUUUACUUUCCAGAGUUGCAAAAUCCUGUCAGGCUAUUACAAACCGUUGUGCAUUGUUUUGGCAUCUUGAAUGCAUUCAUCUGCUACUUCUGUUACUUCCUGAAUCGUGUUACAUUGUGUCAUUGGUACCUUAAACACCACCAAUACCAAAGCACCCCGUUGUGUUUUGUUUUGUUAUUUUUUUGUUUUUUUUUAGCACAAAGAUGCUUUUAGUCUAAAUCCACCCAACAACACUUCUAAAACACAUUUUAAAUUCUGUCCUUGACGAGCUAAUUAAAAUGUUUUAUCUUGUUUGUUUGAUCCAUACAAAAACCAAAGUGUAAAAAGGACCGUUUGCACACUUUCUGAAUUUUUUUUUCUUUUCUGAAAGUUUUUACACUUGGCUGUUUGUACCGAUCAGACAAAUGAAAUAUAAAGUGUUGAAAUAGCUUGAGAGCUGCUGGUUGGUGCAUUUUGUCACCUUUGGACAGAGCCAGGCUAGCUGUUUCCAGUCUUUAUGCUAAGCUACACUAACCAGCUUAUGGCUGUAGUUCAUAUUUGCCAAUAUAGACAUGAGUGUGGUAUCAAUCUUCUCAUCAAACUCUUGGCAAGAAGGAUGGUUUUUUCCCAAAUGUCGAGCUAUUCCUUUAAAACAAAUGGAUUUAAGAAAUAAAAAGACCCACAGUACUAUAUUUUUUGGAGUAUUUAAGGCAAAUAUUUCUGAAUGUUUCAUCGUGCAGAGGAUUCUGAUGGGAUACAGGAUGUGCUUGAGUGUAUAUUUGUUGAGUGCGUAUAUGUGUAUAUGUUAGUUUGGAGGCUACUUAAAGGGAAAUGCCACUCAAUUUAAGAUUUUAUGUACAGUAUAUUGUUUCUGUGGUCUAUGAAAGUGCAGUCAGUGCUUGGGAACAUAAAUGGUUGUCAAACAAAGAUUUGUCUUUCCACUGAUCUGGUGUUUUACAAUACACAUGGGGCUGAUUUUGUGUAUUGGGGUUUUUUAUAUCCAAACAAAGUUCAUUAUGAAGUAGUGAUAUCAAGAAAAUUAACGCUUAACACCAGAAAAUCCCACAGGACUGUUUUUACAAGUAAUCUUGACCAUCAAUGCCUGUUCACUCCCUGCAUCUUCAGACUUCAUUACAACCGUACAUUUGCUUUUAUUUUCCAGUGUCUGACGCUGGGGGUUGAUAAAUGUGUUCAUCUGACUGCCAUAGAUCAUAGGAACAACGUGUUGCGUUUUUAAAAUUGAAUGGUGUUCCCUCUGAACCCUGCUCUCUUACUUUUGAUUUCAUAUUUUUAGGUCCAGACUCUUCUGAUGCCUUUCUGUCUGUACAGCAUUCCGACCUCUGUGACGUUUAAAAACUGCGUGGGGGAACCUGUUUUGUAAUCGCAGAUCUUAUUUAGGUUUCACCAUCAAAUAAAGUCUUUAUCUUUCUA